AUGAAUAAUUUAUCAAGGAAGUGCCCUGUAAUUGCUAUUUGUGGCGCUACAGGUACAGGGAAAUCAAAACUAGCUAUCGAUUUAGCAAGGCGCUUGGCUGGAGAGGUCAUUAACGCCGAUGCCGUUCAGCUCUACAGAGGUCUUGAUAUUGCCACAAAUAAGGUGACGCAGGAGGAGGCAAAGGAUGUGGUUCACCACUUGCUGGGUUGUCUGGAUCCGGUAGAAGGGUUUUGUUACAACGUGCACCACUACCGCCGCGACUGCUGUCGCCUAAUCGACGCGUUGAGGGCACGCGGGGUGACGCCGGUGGUGGUCGGUGGGACGCACUACUACCUUGAAGCAGUUCUCUGGCUGGACUUCCUCCGCCCUACAGACGAGCGGAAUUUUAAGGAGGAGGUGAAGGCGGGGGAGUCUGAUGGACUGGUAAACUAUACUGUUCCUCCUAGGGCACGUUUGCCAGAGGAUCCAAAGGAUUACUACGCUGCCCUGAGCAAUGCUAAUCCGGAGGCAGCCAUGCGUCUUCAUCCAAACGACACUAGAAAGCUUCAGCAGGCUCUUCUGAUCCAUCUUUCCCGUGAGACGACCAAUGCAUCCACCACCGGCGCGUUGUCAUCACGGAUGUCAACCAAUCGGAGCUCUUGUCCGCGCUAUCCUCCACCAGACAGUCUCAUUUUUUGGCUCUAUUGCCAACCCUCGGUGCUCAAACCUAGUCUGGACGAGCGAGUUAUAAAAAUGGUGCAGCGUGGGCUCAUACGUGAGCUGGAUGAGUUUCUCGUUGCUGCCGCCAAAUCUCUUCUUCCAAAUGGUCCGGUGGUCAACGAAGAUGGCACUGUUAACGAGAUGGCAAAGAAGGCGCUAUUCCAGCUCGCCAACAAGGGCCUUCUGCCCUCAGUCGGUACGGAACACUGGUGUCGCGGUGUUCUACAGAGCAUUGGGUUUAAGGAGUUUGAGGAUUUCCUCCAACUGUCACCGCCCAAAAGAGACUCUCCAACCGGCGAGAUGGUGCUGAAUGAGGCCAUCAAGAAGAUGAAGGCUGCCACGCGACACUACGCUCGACGACAGGUCUGUUUGUUUUUUAUUCCGAACUGGUCCUCAAGGCGUGCUCAGGACACCGAGCCGUUUGUGGAGCCAUCUUCCGCCGAUGCUUCAGAGGUCCCACCUCCUCCCUACAUCUGUGCAGCCUGCAAAGGACGUGUUUUUGUCAAUCCACUCCAGUGGAAGGAGCACCUUAACAGCCGAUCACAUAAGAAACGAGUGGCUACUCUUAAAAAACAAACCGUAUAA